GACCGUGUAUUCUUAGAUCAUGGCUGUACCCAUGGUUUUGACAUCUGAGUUUUCCAUGUUUAUCCAGGGUCAGUGUACGCCGUUAGUUGUGAUAUGCUAUAAAUUAUGAACCAAGGGGACAGAGAAAAAAUCAAUGUUUCAUGCGAACGAAUGGUUCCACAGAUAGACAUGACUGACUUAUGGCCAAAAUUACUUCAAAAUCGUGUAUUUAACCACGAUGACUGCAAUAUUCCUAUAUGGAGAAAAAUUCAAACAAAAAUACUUUCCUCUCUCACACAGAAAGAUUUAAGUAACUUGGAAACAAAAAGGGACAUCCUUCUAACUGUAAGAACGAGGGGUCCCCAUGCUUUUAAAAAUUUUCUUUUAAGUCUUCGUCAGUCGGGACAUGAAAAUGUAGCAAAUGAUUUAGAAGCUGUGGAAAUUAAUUCCAAUGUGCAACUGGAGAAGGAAGUUAUUCCUGAAGAUGUUUUGCGGCUAAAAGAAAAUUCUGAAAAGAACUAUGAAGAUGAGGAUUAUGAUGAGUUCGAAGACGACAACCCCUAUUUUAACCGAAUGCUACACACGGAAAUACCUCUCAAGAUAAAGGUGAGAAAGGCUACAAAAUUCUUGGACGGUCCAGUAUCUGGAAAGAAUGAGUUAGAAAGAUACAUUAUGAGAAGCAAACCCCGUGGAUUCCUUUUGAUUAUUUGUAACAUAGAUUACGUUACAUUAAACGUAAGAACUGGAGCUGAGCAUGACGCAGACAAUUUGCAAAAGCUCUUCGAAGAUAUGGGCUUCCAAGUUACCCUUAAGCGGAACUUAACUGGAGCUGAAAUGAGGAAUGCAAUUAAAGCAUUUGCUGCCCGUAAUGACUUUCACAAAGUAGAUUCCUGCUUUGUCAUAAUUUCUAGUCACGGCCGAGAAGCUGGCAAGGGUGCAGACGGCGAGGUUUUAGGAACUGACUUUCAAGCAGGCAGUCAGUCUUACGAGAAAAUAUUUUGCUCAGAAAUUGUAGAAUAUUUUACUACAGCUAACUGUCCAAAAUUAGCUGGAAAACCAAAAGUAUUCAUUUUUCAAAUGUGCAGAGGAGCUACGAAUCAAGUAGCUGUAUCAAGACAUGCGACUGAUGGUGUGGUAACGGUUCAACCUAAUUUCGAUGAGGAAGAAACAAAGCUGCAGGUCCAGUUAGAUAGGAAUUACUCGGAUAUUAUAAUAGCCCAUGCCACAUUGCCAGGCUAUUACGCCUAUCGCGAUACUAUUAAUGGUACCUGGUGCAUUCAGGUCCUCUGUGAAGUUUUUAUGAAAGAGGCCUAUGAAAAAAAUCUACAAGAUCUUUUUGCUAAGGUCGAUGCUGGCUUGAAGACCUUGAGGACAGGCGCCGACGGAUGUCAAACGUUGACUGUUACCACCAUGGGAUUCAACAAGCACUGCUUUUUGAAUCCUGGCUUGUUCGAAGAAACUUUAUAACUUUUUUUUAUCUUCGAUUAGCUGAUAAAAGGAAUAAUAAUGUUAAGUGAAAUAAUCAAUUGAAUCAAUUUCAAAGUGUAGCAAAUGAAGCCAUUUUAGACAUUCGCUUUCAAACUGUGCAAACUUUUUCGUGAGCCUUUAAGGGUCUUAGUUUUAUAUCCGAAUUCAACUUUUUUAUGGGUACGGUACAAGGAUUUGUCCUUUAAACGUUUUACCGAUCUGAGGAUCACGCAAAACCUCGGUUAUUUGGUAAGUUUUCUUUCUUUCGCUUCCUCAAAGACGUAAAAAAAUUAUAUUUUAGGGCAUAUGAGAAAGGUUAUUUUUCGAUUCUAAAAUUUCAUUCUCUGCAUGUUUUAGGGAAGUAAACGGAAAGAAUGGAAACUUUGCUAAAUUUAUACAUGAAAUCUCCUCUUUAAAAUGAGACGAAGGCCGUUAUAAAAUGUUGACUGGUUCUCGAAUUAUCAAAAACUAUGUGUGUUCAAGAUGAAUAGCGGUCAGUCGAGUGGUAAUCCCAGUCUUUUGUCUCUUAUUUUCCAUGCGUUAACAGCUCGACUGCCGCUUUACAGACCGCUUUUCGCCUUGGACACGCUUCCAAAUUUUUUGUGAUAUUUCGAGAACCAGUAAAUAUUUUAUAAUAUUUCUAGUCUCAUUUUAAAGAUAUUCCCAAAUUAAAUUUAGUGAAGUUUCCAUUUUUUCCAUUCUCUUUCUGAAGAAUGUGGAAGUUAAAAAUUGGCCAAAAGUGAAACUUUCUCAGAUGCCAUCUCGGCACGUAUUAAGCGAAAAUACUCCAUAUACGACUCAAUCAAAGCGAAAUUUAAUAAACUUUUAAACGGGUAUUCCAAACAUUUUUCCAACUUAAUUUGUUGCCGAGUUAGUCACUUAUUUCUUUUAAAUAAAAAUUCUGAAAAUGCAGUAUCAUGCUAAAUACAGGAGAAGAAACGGUCAUAAGGUACCUAUUUUUGCUUUGAAUAUAUUCAUUUAAGGCCAUGUGACGAGAGGGUCACGGGACCAAACCUGGUCUUCGAUUUUUCUUUCCCAACUUACGUCUAAACGAAAUGAGAUCGCUCUGAAAGUUUGGGAAAUGAAA